AAUUGAACCACGCACCGACAAAGAAGAUGGAUGCGGUGGGGAUGACGUUUCCCCCGCAACACACGCGGCUCCUCCUCUCGAUCUCUCGAAGCUCCCAUUCGAAUCCAAAGCAACUCCUCUCCCCCUUUCGCUCUCCCAUUCCCAAAUCCCCAAUUAUUUUUUUUUUCAGAAAUUAAUUAUUUAAUUUCAAAUUGGUUACUCAAUUAUUAAUUAUUAACAAUGAACGAUCCCUUCCUUCGUGUAUAAAGAGCGAGAGAGAUCGUAGCAGCAGCAGCAGCAGCAGCAGCAGCAGCAUAGAAGGAGAGCCCGUUCCAUUGAGAUUUGGUUAAGGACAUUCGAGUGCACCGACUAUAGUUUUAGUAUGGAGAAGCAAAAGGAGUCUUCUGCUAGUGUAGAUCGAACGGAGUUAGAAAAGGAAGAGAAUGUGUCAAAGGCUGAAUUUCAUCUUAAGGUUAAGAGUAAAGAAAAGGCGCCAGAAGUGCCGGAAGAGAAGAAAGAUACCGAAAUUGAAAUGAAGGCAAAAUCUGUUGAAAAGAAGAAAUCCAAGGACGACAACAUUGAAGACGAUGCAGAGUCCAAGAGUGAGGGAAAGAAGGAGAAGAAAGAAAAAGAUAAGAAAGAGAAAAACAACGAGGAUGAGGAUAACGAGGAGGAUGAAGAGGAUGACGAUGCGAAUGAAAAAAAAGAGAAGAAGAAGAAGAAAAGUAAGGAGUCGAAGGAUAAAGAGAAGGAAAAGAAAAGGAAAGACAAAGGUGGAGACGUCGGAGAAAAGGAGGUAAAGGAAAAGUCUAAGAAGAGUGAUGAUGAGAAGAAACACAUUGAUGAUGAUAAGGAGAGUAAAGAAAAGAAGAAGGAUGAAGGGGGGUCGAGGAAGGAUAAGAAAGAAAAGGAGAAGAACGGAGAUGCAAAGGGUACAAAAAGUAAAAAGAAGGGUGAAGAGGAAGAUGCUUUUCAAGGCAGAGAACUAAAAGAUGUGAAGAACGAGAAGGAUGAAGACGCAAAGCAUAAAAAAAGCAAGAAGGGUAAAGACGAAGAUGUUUAUGAAGGCGGAGAAUUAAAGGAGGUGAAGAAAGAGAAGAAAGAUGAAGACGGAGAUCCUAAGAAAAAAGAGAAAGAUAAGAAGAAAAAGAAGAAGAAAAGUGAAGAGGGAACGGCUAUAACUAAGGAAGAUGAUGUUGAGGAAGAGAUUGUUGAAAAACAAAAAAAGGAAAAGAAUAAAGGUGAGGACGAAAAGAAAAAGGAUAAACAUAGAGUCCCUAGUGCCGAAGAGAAUGAAGACAAGGGAAAGGAGAGAAACGAGGAAAGUGAGAAAGGUGGAGACAAAAAAGAAAGGAAGACGAAGAAAAAGAGCCAGAAGAAAGAUGACGAAUCAAAAGCAAUUGAAGAUGAAAAUGAAGAUCAUGAGAAAGGUAAAGACAAGGAAAAGAAAAAGAAGAAGAAGAAGAAAGAUGAUGAACUGGAAUCAAAGGUUGAGAGCGACGAUCAUGGAAAAGAAAAGGACAAGGAAAAGGAAAAGAAGAAGAAAGACGGUGAAUUGGAAGUUAAGGAAAAGAAAAAGAAGGACAAGAAAAAAGAUGGCGAACCGGACGCAAUUAAGGAUGAGGAUAAAGAUCACAAAAAAGACAAAGACAAGGAAAAGAAGGAGAAGAAGGACGGAGAGGAGGGCGACAAAGAAAAGAGUAGAGAGCUCCAUCAAGAUGGGAAAAACAACCAAGUAGAGGAAGACAAGGAACAGAGGUCUCUUUCAUUUGGAGAAAACAAGGUUGAGGAGAUUAAAAUUGAAGAUCCUAACACAAGAGAAAUCACUAUUGAGGAGGAUCCAGAGGAGAAAGAAAAAGAGGACAAGCCAAAGGACAAAAAGGAAAAGAAGAAAAAGGGCGAGGAAAAGAAGGUAAAAUCUGAAGAAUCAGCAGAAGGCGAAGCAACGGAAGAGAAAGAUAAGAAGAAGAAGAAAGAUAAAGAUAAGAAGGAUAAGGGCGAGAAGAAGUCUUCGGACGUGGGUAAGCUGAAAAAGAAGCUGGAGAAGAUUAAUGCCAAAAUAGACGCGCUGCAAGUUAAAAAAGAAGAGAUCAUGAAACAGAUCAAGGAGUUAGAAGAGGUUAAAGUAGAAAUACCUGCAGAAGAGAAUCAUGCUGCUGUUGUCUGAAAGUUGGUGUUACUGUAAACUGGUGUCUGUCAACUAGUGUGAGAACUAAUAAGGAGAAUGCAUGAGUGUGUUGAGUUUGUUUGUUCAUGUUUACAUAUAGUUUCCUUCAUUUCUGGUUGUAUCUUUAUCGAAGUUGUAUUUCAUAUUAUGUUGCAGGGAGAUCUUUUUUGUCAAUGAAGCAUACAUUUGUUAACUGGAACCUCAUAUUCUGAUCUUAGAUA